AUGGCGCCAUUAUUUGAGCUUGUACUGCUGCUGAUGCUUGGUGAACCCAUGCUUCCGCCAGAGAAGCUCGGUCCAAUAAAUCCACCAGUCAUUGGAUCAAAGGGAACAAAGUCUGGGAAAGCGUCUAACACAGCUGCCGCGGCGAAGGCGUUUGACGACGCAGAGGAACUUGAAGAGGAUGCCGAUGAUGCCGUUGCAGCAGACGAUGACGCCGCUGCUGAUGCUGAUGCGGCUGCAUUAUUAGAUGAAAAGGAUGAUGAAGAGGAAGAUGAAGCGGCGGAGGCACUCCCCGUUGAUGAUGUCCCAGAGCUAGAUGAAGCUGUGGAUGCCAUAUUGAUUAUGACAUUCAAACAUGUAUCUGCAGUACCAAACAUACGACAAAGGUUGUAA